AUGGACACUGAUGAAAAGGCACAUCGGCAGGCUCUCUUGCAGCAGGCUGAUCUGGGGAUCAUUCGGCGGGACGAAAUAUCAACUGUUGACGAGAAGAAGUCACACUAUGCCGGGCAGUUAAAGACAUCUAAUGUGUCUAGUUUUCGUGACCCUGGGCAGCGCGGUGUUAAAACAGAACACAGGACACUCCUCGAUGGUUGGUCCAGUAAGUCUCAUCAAUUGCUCAUAUAUCUUAUAACUACCUCAAGUUAUAUGCUGAAUGGCCCUUCUCAAGGCCUGAAAGAAACAGAAAAACAAGAUGAAGACGAUCUUGACUCUAUGAUGAUGGGACAGAGCCAUCGUGCGCGCCUUCAGUCAGGGUUUCAGAACAACAGUGGCUUUGAUACGAUUUCAGCUCUAACUUCAGCUCCUAAAGGAGGCCGUGGUAGCUUUCCAGCUGUCCGAGGUGGUCACGCCAGUCGGGGCGAACGGGUUGGUGGCGGUGGUAUGUCAGCCCAUAGAAUUGGUCGUGCGAACUUUCCGGCUUCUAAAAAAAGUUUCUUUGAUCCUGCGAUUGAAAAAAACAAUACUCAUAUGCCAUAUUCGAGAGCAGGUCGCAGCAGCUUCUCAACUCGAGGGGUUGGCCGUGGUGGCUACCCAACAGCUAGAACAGGCUGCGGAAGCAUUCCUAGCCCCAGAAGUAGACAUUCUGUUUCUCCAAGAAUGACGCCCAUUCAUCACAAUAAAUACCGUGUGAAGCAGGGGUAUGGUCAAGGCGAUAUCACAGGUGGUUACAACUCCCCUCAGCCGCAGACAAGCGGUUCCGCCUCAAACCCACAGUUGUAUCAAGAAAAAGACCUACUUGUCUUUGACUCUCCUCCCAGAAAGAACUCUACUAAAACUGUUAAUCGAGUUCCCAUUCCAGAUCUCAUGGAUAUCGACGAAGGUGAGAAGCUUUCUAAGCUCUUCUCGCCUCAAAAUACUACCCCAACGAAAAAGAAAAAUAUUGCGAAUGUGCCAAAAGUUUCAGACUUAGGGACUCUCAAGUACACUGUGGUUGAAAAGUCCGCCAAAGUGAAGGAGAACAUCACCAAUAGCUCGAGUACUUUGGGUCUACAAACGUUCAGGUAUGCAACGGCUGAGAAAUUUAUUCCUGUGAGUAAGGAAAACAUUACCGAUGCCCCAAAGACUCUGGUGCCGGCUUCCAAGUACGCUAUGGCCGACGAAUUCUUCCCCGCGAAUACGGAGAAUAUUGGCAAAUCUCCAACCAUUUUGGGCCUGCAGGAUUCCAAAUAUGCAAUGGCUAAAGAGUCUGGUGCACAGGCGUCCAUAUUACCUCCGCCCGUGAACCUCAAGAUUUCGAAAUGUGAAGGCAAUUCUAGAAAGGAAGACCAAAGCGCAUCCGAUUAUUGGCUACAAGCCUUGCCUCGUGCUGUGAAAAACCUUGGUGAAGUCCAGUCUCAGCCAUCCCCUCCGUCGUCAAAGGCUUUUGAUUUAUCAAAAUCUCGUUUCGCUCACUGA